GUAUAUUUCCGGUUGAUUUGAAAUUACUAUUUUUUAUUGACUUUAUUAUAUAAUCUUAGCAUUUACUUAUUAUUAUGUAUCACGAGGUUAGAAACAUUGGUAUUGCUUGGUAAAAGCAAGUUCUUAAAUCAAAUCAAAAAUAAGGAAAGUAUGAAAAAUAGAGAUUGCUUGUUAAAUAUUUGAUCAGCUCUAUCUAUUAGAUUGGAAACGUAGUAAAAGCAUAGACAAGACGAGAAUAGCUGCAAAUAUUUAUGAUAAAAAGCAUGGAGAAAAUGAUUGAGGAAGAGAAGAAUAGAGGUGAAGUUAUAAGCAAACCAAGAGAUGACUUUGAAUGCAACAUCUGUGGGAAGGCUUUCAAAACCAAGUACAAGUUUAAGAGACACAGAGGAAUCCACGAAGAACGGAAAAAAUACAAAUGCGAAGUUUGUGGUGUGAUCUUAACAGGAGAAGGUUCAUAUAAAAAACAUUCUAGGAGACACUGCAGUCAAGGUAAGAAGCAGAAGCAAAAACAAAUUGUUGAAGAUAGACCAACAUUUGUAACGGAGACAGUGAAUGAAGUGUGUAAUAUCUGCGGUAAGGAAUUUGAAACCAAGUCUCAGUUGAAGAAACAUGGAAAAAUUCAUACAGAUACCAAGAAAUAUGAUUGUGAAGUUUGUGGAACCAGGCAUUGCAACAAACACAAAAAUACAGGAAAUGAACCUAGUGAGCAGAAAAACAGUACUGACAAACAGAAGCCAGUUAUUGUAUGUAAGGUGUGUGGGCAGAUAUUCAGCAGUAUGAACUCUUUCAGAGUACAUAAAAAGAAACAUUUAGGAGUACGUUACUACUGCACAAGGUGUGCACAGUCAUUCACUACUACAGAUCAGUUAAAGCUUCAUGAGAGGGGCCAUGAUGAUGUCAGAAGUUUUAAGUGUGUACAAUGUGAUUCACAGUUCAAGAGAAAGUCCAACCUAACCAGGCAUAUGGCUAUACAUGAAGGAACGAAGAAGUUUGUCUGUCACAUUUGUGGUAAAGCAUUUGUCCUGAAUGAAUCGCUAGCAGCACAUAUGAAAGUUCAUGAAGAUUCGCCACCAUUGUCAUGUGACAUUUGCCAGGCAACAUUCAAGUAUGAAAAUAGUCUAAAAACACAUCAGAAACUUCAUUCAAACCUAAAGGAGUUCAAAUGCUCGAUAUGCAAUAGAGAGUUUUUACGAAAGCGUACACUUGAAGAUCAUUUGAAAUGUCAUGAAAAGGGAACAAAUAGGGUAGCGCUGCUUGCGAAACCUUCUGAAUUUUGCACUCUGUGUUCGAAAGGAUUUGCAAAUGCUUAUGGUCUGAAACGACACAUGAAGAAACACAGAUUAGGAAUUUUGAAACAUUACAAUAGAUCAUGCGGGAAAAAUUCAGCUAAUAACUUGGAAGAUAAACCAAAUGCUGGUAAAGAUGUAAAGAAGAAAAAAGCACCACAACGAAACCAGGUUGUGGUAUACUCCAAUCUGGUAGAUGAUGGGAAUUUGUUCGAGAAAAUUGAUCCAAAUUGUUUUGUUGAAAAAAGUACAAAUAUUGCUAUUAUCAGAGAGGAAUAUCAUUCUAAACAAAAUAAAUAUGUUGAGUCUGACAAAAUCUAUAACAAGGGUACAGCAAUGCCAAGUGAUAACCACAAACCAACAGUAGAUUCUGAAGCUGAUCUUGAAGACACUGAUGAGGGUUACAGUAAUGAAGAUGAAGACUAUUCAUUAUUAAAUAGUAUGGACAAAGGUCUUAAAUCAAGUUUGGAUAUAAAAGCUAAUAAACAAGAAACACCACGUGAAAUGGAAACUGAAUACCAGACUGAGUUAUAUAUUGAUCAUAAUCAUAUAAAUACUGAUUGUGAUAAUGCUGAUGAAGAUGUAAAGUUUGAAAACACUGGUAAAGGACAUGAGAGCAAUGGUGACGAAGUUAGUGCUGGAAAUAGUGAUGUUAUAUUUGAUGCUCAAUUCAUAACGGAAACCACGUACAUUGACAAAGAAUUAGAUAUUGAAAACACAAUUGAACAUAUGGCCAAAGAUUUAAUUGAUGAAAAAGGUCUAGCAGAAAUUGGUAGUGAAGGACAUAAAAAUGAUAAUGAAUUUGUACCAUUCAUUGACAACAACAUUAAAUCAAAAUGUAUUAGUACUGAUAAUUUUGCAUCAGCAAAAGAUGUGGAUCAAGUUGAAGGAAACACUCAAGAAUUUGAUUUUGAAUACGGAAAUUACCAAGAGCAUGAUGUUAAAGGUAUUAAAGAAAGUCAUAUUGAAACUGCCGUUUUUCAAAGAGAUGCACAAAAGAUUGUUAACAGUUUAAAUGUUGAUACAAUGACUGGAUCAGAGCAUUUGCAAUUAAAAGUUAUAGAGGAAAAUCAGAAAGGCAACCAUGUUAACCACUAUAUGGAUACACAUUGUUUUGAAUGUAUGAUUUGUAAAACUGGAAAACUGUUUAAAAGCUUUGAUAGCUUUAAAGAACACAUGAAGAGAGACCAUGAUGAAAUCAGCGAAAGCUACUUUGAGUGUUCAAAUUGCCCCCAAAAAUUCUAUGAUAAAACUGAAUAUGAAGCACAUUUGAGAGAUGAAAACCAUGAUUUGACAGAAGCAUCCAACCUGCAAUGUAAGUUUUGUAUGACCAUUUACUCAAGUCUGAAAAGUUUGCAAAACCAUCUAAGGAAGUAUCAUAAGGAUAAUGAUGGGACAAUAUUUAGGUGUGAUCAUUGUGAAAAAAUGUUUGCAUCAAAAGUUCUGUAUAGAAAUCAUAUGGAUAUUCACAUUAUUGGUAAAGCAAAUUCUAGGCAACUGUGUGAAUGUGAUAUUUGUGGAUCUGAGCAUAAGUCAAUAGUAGCUCUGAGAAGACACAAAAGGGUCACUCAUAGUGUAGAAGAGGAUGAUGUAUAUAUGUUAAGUCCUCAAGGAAAUGUGACGGUUGAACAUGAGAAUAAUACAAAAAACAGGGGUGAAAAUCUUGUAAGAGAAGUAAUUGCCCAGCAGGAAGUAUGUGGUGUUAAGGAUGUUAAACUCGCACAAGAAGGGGAUGGAAGACAGAACCUACAAGUUUUAAAUUGUGACGGUUUUAAUGUAGCAAACACUGGGAAAAAAGACCAAAAUAUAUCAGGUUAUAGUACACAAAGUAAAAGCAAAGAAUCAGUGUGCAAUCACAAUGGUUUGGAAGAGGGAAUAAUUGGCAAACAUGUAGACAUGAAACAUGGAAGAGAUGAAAAUAUUAGUGUCCAAGAUAUAGAUCAGUACGUGACUAAGAAAAUUGAAGCAGAUAAAUACAGAAGUAACGAAAAUGAUACAGAUUUGCGAAAAGACACCAUACAUGUAAAUAAAAGAAAAAGUGACCAAGAUUUUGUAAGCACCAAUUCUACAAAGGAAAGGUUUCAGCGGAAGUUCCAAUGCAUUGAAUGUGACAAAAGUUUCCACAUGAUGUCCACACUAAAACAGCAUAUGCUAGGACACAAAAAGGAAUCAGAUGAUGUAACCAAAUUGUACCAGUGUGUCGACAUUGUGCUCAAAAGUUCAUAAG